GAGGGCAAAAAAAGGGCGGGGGCUAGAGCUACAGGUGCUAGAAGAACAGCUUCAGACGAGCCGGCAGCCAGACCGUCUUCCUGGGGCGGCCCGUGGCCCGUGAAGACAGCAACACCGGCAACACCGCGAUGCAGGCUGAACAGGGCGUCCGCCAGGACAUGGUCGCCAGCGCCGUGUCCUUCUUGACCGAUCCCUCAGUGCACGAGACGCCGCUCACGAAGAAGAUCCAGUUUCUCGAGGCAAAGGGCAUGUCCAGCGGCGAGAUCCAGCAGGCGCUAGUCCAAGCGCAGAACGGAGCUGCCGCUCCGGCCCAGACAGCAGCUGCAGUGCCUGCAGCUGCUGCUGCUGCCCCAGCUGUCUACCCUCCAUACUACGGGUCCAACGCUUAUCCGCCACCGCCGCCGCCGCCAGCCCCACGGAACUACGACUGGAAGGAUUACGUAAUCAUGGGGACGACCACGGCCGGGUUCAUCUACGGGGCCUACCAGAUAGUGUCCCGGUACGUGGUUCCGAAGGUGCUGCCUCCGUCGCAGUCGAAGUUGGACGAGGACAAGGAGGAGAUGGAGAGAGAGUUCCAGCGCGUGGAGGCGAUUUUGGAGAAGUUGGAGACGGACCAGGCCGAGUUCAUCAAAAGACAGGACGAAAAGGCCAAACACAUCGACGAGGCGCUCAUCGAGGUCGACGCAAUCGUCAAGGCCACGAACGAAAAGAACCUCCGCAACGAAGAGACGCUGAAGUACCUCAAGUUGGAGAUCGACAGCAUCAAAACAACGUUGCUGAAGAACCUGGAGUCGCAGAAGGGCACCAUAUCCAGCGAGCUGCAGGAGCUCGAGAAGAAGACGGACAGCUUGAAGGACUCGCUAACGCUGUUCACCUCCUCCAGGACGAAGAGCACAGGUCUCUCGCAGAGCUUCUCGCACGACGCGCCCUCCCCGUCUUCCACUCCGACGCCUCCGCCUCCAAAUCUGCUGACGAACAACCGCUCAACAUCGGGCAACUCGGUGCCUCUGGAAUCGUCCUAUUCCAACCUCAACAUCCCUCCUCCGUCCUCUGUACCUUCUGCGAGGGACAUUCUUGGCUCGGCAGCGGACUCAACCGCGUCCUCCAGCAAAGCUAAGGAUGCUACCCCCGUCACGGCCCCUAGUGCUAUCCCAGCUUGGCAAUUGGCGUCUUCGCAGAAGGCUAACAUCACUAAUAGCAAUACCUCCAUUCCAGCAUGGCAGCUAGCAGCAGAGGACAAGCAAUAGCUCUCCUAGCCCCUGCUCCUAUUGUACCAUAUAUAAACGUAUCUACUCCUACAGAUAUAUACACUAUUGAAGCGCCCACUGGAUUGGAGCCAUGUAAUAAUGUAUCACUAAUGACUGUAAAUCUGGAAAGCUUGAUUUGUUGAAUAAAUCUAUUCAUUGUCCUAUAAAGGUGAAAAAAGCAUAUACAUUUCCUGCUGUAAUUUCGUCCCAGCAAAGCCUAUAGCAAUAUAAGUAAUUAAAAAGAAAUUAAGUAAGUAGAGAAA